UCUAGAAUUUGUGAAACAUUAAGCAAUAAUGACCGACAAGAAAGCUCAGACACUUAAGUGAUUAUUCCUAAUUCAGUCCGCUCUGUUCCUAAGGCAUAUGAUUACAGAGCAUAGCGUUUAAGGGAUGUGUAAAAGUUUAGUCUCAUACCCGGUGACACCUCAUCCACCAACAGGUUUUGUCCCUGCGCCGGCACAGCCUGCUACUUACGGUAGUACACUUGCAGGUGCCGCACCGUAUGGAGUAUUUCCUAAUCAACCACAACUAUAUGCCGCGCAAGGCCCACCACCGCCAACGUAUGAUCAAACUCUUACCCAUCCAAUGAUGUAUCAACCAAUGUAUGGUCAAGGAUAUCCAGGAUACUUAGCAGGUUAUCCUGCAUAUGGUCCAUUGCAAUAUUAUCCACCAUUAGCUGCAGCUGCUGCAUAUUAUCCCGCAGCGGCAAUGCAACCCCCAGUUAGGCCUCCUACACUCGUAAUGCCUAAUGGGUUCGAUGCUACUAAUCGAUUCGAUAGUAUUUCACAACCUGUCUUGCCACCACCCCCAACAGUUCCAAAUGCCGCCCAAUUAGCUGCAAUGGCAAGUCAUAGCGUGGCUAUAUCGCAAAAGAAGAACUUUCUAGGAGGAGGAACAGAAGGCGGUUACACCUUUUGGUAAACCAUUAAACCUUUUGUGAAACACUAAGUCUAACAAAGGCAUUGUUGUCGAGAUGAUCCAUGUAGGCAAAUCUGAUUUAUGUUAGAAUUCUACUAUUUUCACAUUGGAAGCAGCUAUUAAAUUAGUAUAUCUUAUGCGCGGAUCGAUUGCAAAAGUGGCACUUAUUGAUUCGCAAAAUUCUAAAAUGCUUAGUAUAUUUUUUGUUAUUUUGUUAGUUUGUCACAAAUUAAAUAUGUGACAUAGUUAUCAGUGCACAAUGCAAUUUUCAGAUUUUAGCAAUCGGUCAACGCAUCGAACAUAUUAUGAGAUUUAAAAAAAACAUUAAGAAAGGAAGACUCGUGCGAUGCUUAUGUUAAUAUUAUAUUCGACUAUAUUCAAUUAAUUCAAAAAAAAAAAAAAAAAACAGAAUUACAUCUUGUAAAUUGAAAAUGCGUGACAGUUGUAGGUCUUUGAUAACAUGUUGUUUCAUGAUGGUAACGAUCAAAUGAUAAAUCAAUCUCUUUGAAGCGUAUUUGAAGUAAAAUUUAAGAUAAUUAGUUAAAAAGCAAUACAUUUAAUAUAAUUUUAUAUAAUUUUUCAUAAUCACACAAAUUAAGUUCAAAGUAAUUUCAUAACAUCACGCAAUAUAUUUGAAUAUUAUGAAUGCUAUACAAUUUUUUUUCAAAAAACGAUUAAUUUUGUUUAUACAGUAUAUCGACUUUUUCAAGUAUAUAUUUUGAUCGAUUUUUCUGAAAUCAACGACUUUUCAAAACGCACGAGAUAUUCCAUUUUUUUUUUUUUUUUUUUUUUAAAUAAAAGGAAUAUUGGACGCGAGCGAGAGUAGGGAACACGGUGUUGUUCUUCUUUUUAGAAUUAACGAGUGAAUACGUGCACCAGUGGAUGCGAGUUGUCUCAUUCGCCUACAGGGAUCGAUAUUCAAAGUGUGUUCUAAGCCUUUUUUAAGCGCGACUUGGUUUUCUGCAAGACAGACCGAAGAACAAAGGGGCUACUCGUGUUAUUUUUGUUACUUUCUACAUGACUAUAUAUUUUUUUCGAUAUUUUUUUCCUUUGGAGUCUUUAAUGCUCCAACAUUUAAAAAAUCAUCUUGAGUAGCCCUAACGUUUAGAAAAAGAAAAAGGAAAAAAAAAAUAUGUACGUGAUAGGAGCCCGAGGAAUGCGUGAGAGUCAUUCAUAGUUAUGAGGCUAAUUGUUGCGCUUUGUACUUCGAAUUUAGCAAACAACUAGUAGUAGAAAACUUUUAUUAUUCUUUUUUGAUAAAAAUUUUAGUGAAGGUAGUGAUAAAAACUUUGAAAAGGUUUUAACAUUGUUAGAAUCAACAUAAUUUUGACGUGUUUUGCGAUUAAAAGUAUAAGUGAUGAUAUUUGAGGCUCGAGUGCCAAACGACAAAAUUAAAAUUAUAAAAUAUAUCGAAGAUUCUCACGUAUUCAACGACUUCGAAGAUACUUACCUAUUCUAUCUAAAAGUACGCACUCUCUUCUUUAAAAUCAAUAGUCUUUCUUCCUAGUUGUUUGAUGUUUCUUUUUUAAACACAGAUUAGCUAGAUUGGCUAACAAAGUUAUUAUUUAAUUGAAAAAAAGGCUUGUCCACGGCGUUCGAAUUUCAGUUUAAGCGGGUUAAACUGUGCUUUAAUUGAAAUAGUUACCAUAUAGUGAAAUUUAUUAAUAAAUAUCUUUUUCUGUCUCUUAAAUAAAAAUAUAAUAUUCAAUAUUCAAAAUGAUCAGUGUGACAUUUAAAAGAAUACGUGAGUACAUCCUUUCUAAUUACAAUAAUCAAAUUUUGGUUCAAAUUCCAUAGUAAUUAUGUGGAAACUAGAUUCAAUCAAAGCUCAUGAAGGAAACAAAUAGUUGACUCAAUUUCAAAGUACAAAUUGAAUAUCCAUGUAAGUAGAGGGAAAAUUCGUAACGACGGGGUCAAGCUUUAUGUCAGCCAUAUUAGGCGAGUUGCGAUGAUGAUAACGGUAAGCAACGCAGCGAAUUCGUAAUGCCUAUAUUUAAUAUUCAGUGCAGAAUUAUUAACAACUAUACUUUUCUGAAAACAUAAGAUCUAUUUCAAAAAAUGAAGAGACAUACAAAAAAUUUUGAAGAUCAUAAAAAUUAGUUGCACAGCUACGAAAGCGACUGUUUUGCUCCGCGAUCAUAGGCAUAUAGUACAGUGAACCUGCUGAUAGGAUACUUGGAAUGUUCCGUUCUGCAGGUGCACAAUUAAACACGAUAUUAAUUAAGCAAUGAAGAUCGAAGAAACUAAUUUACAAUUGGUGAUAGCUUAGGAUAGGACCAAGAAUCGCAGUUCUAUUUAGAAAUUUUCGAAUGGGUGUUCCGGCAAACUUGACCAGUACCCUUAUAUGUUUCGCAUUCGGCUUUAUCAGGAUAAAUGUUUAAAAAUAUCUAUAUUGUUAAAAAAUUUUUGCUCCUUAAUUAGAAGUUAAAAUUAAUUGACGAUAAAUCAAAUCAUGAUUUCUAUUUUGCCCUAUGAAUUAUUAUUUAUAUAAAUCAAGUUUAUUGCGUGAAAGUUGUAAAUUUUACUUGAAAAUGUUAUCCAAUAUUAAAUUUUGCAGUUAAAACGCAGGAACUUCCUAUAAAAUUACUACUGUUCUUUGUAUUUUGUGAUAUCUGAUUACCUCAAAAUCUAAAACAGAAUAUGUAGGUAUUUGUCUUGUUUUGUACCAUCCUCGAAUUUAAUUCAGUUUCUACGAGAAAAAAAAAAAGAAGAAAACAUAAUAAUGCGCGAUAAUUGGAAUUUAAAUUUUUAUAAGGCGAAACGCACUGGCCAAAUUUGUUGCCACAGCGCCAUAACUUACAUUCACCUUGUACCUUCAAUUCUUUUUCUACCAGAUGUACCUACAGUUAUUCACAUGUGACAGCGUUUAAUAAAAAAGCGCGUAAUCUCAAUCUUAUUAAAAGAAAAAAAAAUCUAGUCCGAAGAGUCUGACUGAUUGGGAUACAAAAUGUUACAUAGACUUUUUUUCUCAAUCCGUGCGACGCCAGGUGCAAAAUAAUACCACAGCAUUCACUUAUACCUCAGAAAUAUCUGAGAAAUUGACAUUUUUCCAAAAACUCAUGCCAUUCCAUUUGACGAUAUUGAGUCAUAAUCAACACAUGUACGAGUCGCAUUUAGGAAUUUGAGACGCGUAUUGAAAAAAAAGGAAAAAAAAAAAAAGAAAAAAAAGAAAAAAAUAAAACGCGAGAAGUUAUUUCGUCACUUGAAAUGUAAUCACUCUCGUCGAAUUUUUUCGAAUUUGCAUAUCAGCAAAAGGCUGUUCACUGCAAAGGGCACUUCGCUCAUACUUACAUUGCGCAAUAAGUGCACCGAGCCACCAAUCUUAUGCAGUUAUGACAAGAAUUGAACGUUACAAUGAUCCUUUCAGAAAGAGAAAACGAAAGAAAAAGAUACUAAGCCUAAUAGGGCUAGUUUUAUAGAAACUUGUACACGUAAAGAAACAAGUGAAUUAUAUGUUGUGUUAAUAUUUAUAUUUAAAUUAUUAUUAUUUAAACGAUUUAUUCGCAAAUUUCUACAGUUUAGAUCAAAAUUUAUGCAACAUAUUUUGAACGAUUAUUUUGUAUCAAGCGAGAGUGGUGGAAAGAUUUUAUAUCAUGAAAAAGUGUGCAAUAAGCGUAAUGUCUAUUGUAACAAUAAAGAAAUGAUAUUAAUUGCAACAGUGAAUUUGUUAUUAUGUUAAACAAAAUAGAAAGGAUGGGAGGGAGAGGGAGAGAGAGUGAAAGAGAAUGAGAGAAAGAAAAAUAAAAAGAGAAAUAAAAAUGUACCAUUGCAAUCAAGUGUAUUAAUUAAUAAAUACAAUAAUCAUGAAA